UGCUGCCUGUCAUCCACGGUGGACUUUUCCUCGUCGUCGCGACGUUUUCGCUUCGCUUGCCGACCAAAACGCAAGAGGAAAAACCAAAACGACACCAUCAUCGGUCAGUCAUACGACCACUUUCCACCAUCGUCAUCAUCGUCGUCUUGGAAUUCGGUUCGGGGCAGGAAAAAUUGUUGUGGAAAAGUUCUGUACCUCAAUCAUCCGAGAAAAUAGUGAUUUGGGUAAAUCGGUGCGAUUAGAAGUGAUUUUUUGUGAAAGAGGAAAGUGUUGUGCAAGUGAUUGCGAUUGUGUCACAAGAGCAGGAAAAAAUCUGGGCCUCUAACGGUACCUUACUCCGGCAGAGUGUCCGCAAGCCCUUAGGAAGUGAAAAUUUUCAUCCAAUAGAAUCAUCGUUCCACUUGGAAACCGAAGAAGAGAAUCAAAGAUAGAUAGAUCUGUUUGAUAACGAAGGUAUUCCGGAUCGGAGUGGAAAAUAGAGUUGGGGCUUUGCCCCCCUCCGGAGGUGUGAAGUGCAGUAAUGGAAAAAAAUGAUGUCCAGAGAAGCUUGUAAUGUUGUUUAGCACUUACGUGUCAAUGCAGGUGAAGAAAAAAUUGUAACUUAAGUCUAUUGGAAGCGAAGGGAAGAUCAGCGGAAUGCAAACUAGCUUAGGGGCUAGAAGAUGGAAAGCAAAUAAGUCUGUUUGAUGUGAGAAGCAAACGUUGUUCUGGGAAGCGCAGUAAAAUUGAGAUCAUCUUCUGAGGAGUGGAAGUAACUCAAACUGAAUAGUGGGACAAAGUUUACCCCAAUAAAACAGGUCAUAGUCUUACGUAAGGUUGUUCGAUUCUGGAUUGGAUUGUAAGCAGUAAAUUUGAAGAGAGGAAGGAUAUAAAGUAAGGAAAGAUGUCCUUCGUGAGCGGAACGACAGACACCGAGGCGGCCCAAAAGUUCCUCGAGGUGCUGCAGAAUGAUUUUCGCCAGCUAUCGCUGGAGACGAAGAAAAAGUACCCGCAGAUAAAGGAGUCAUGCGAGGAGGCAAUACUGAAGCUGAAAACGGCCGCAGCCAAUCCCCAGACGCCGGUCUACUACGUGGUGAACCAGAUUCUGUACCCGCUGGUGCAGGGAUGCGAAUCGAAAGACCUCAAAAUCAUCAAAUUCUGCCUCGGGAUGAUGCAGCGGUUGAUCACCCAGCAGGUGGUGGACCAGAAGGGAGCCCGGUACAUCACCGACACGUUGUGGAUGCUGAUGGAGAACGGCACCGAGGAAGUGAAAGUGCUGCAGAGCGUUACGCUGCUGUUGACGACCAACACCGUGGUACACGGGGAAACACUGGCCAAAACGUUGGUGCUGUGUUUUCGGUUGCAUUUUACGAAAGAUUCGACAACGAUUAACACGGCCGGGGCAACGGUGAGGCAACUGGUUUCGCUCGUGUUUGAACGAGUGGUGGCUGAGGAAGCGGAAGCGGAAGCCAAUCAGGACGACAAGAGGGAGGUUAACUUGGAAGAGCUUAAAUUGGCUACUGGGGUUGCUCCGAAGGGUUUGAGACCGUGUGCAGCGGAUGCUUUCUUGUUGUUCCAAGAUUUAGUACAGCUGGUCAAUGCAGAUCAACCUUAUUGGUUGCUCGGAAUGACCGAAAUGACACGCACAUUCGGGUUGGAGUUGUUGGAAUCGGUAUUAACUCAGUAUACGUCCGUAUUCUACAAGAAUCCGGAAUUUUCGUUCCUGCUCAAGGAACGUGUCUGUGCCCUAGUCAUUAAAUUGUUUUCGCCUAAUAUCAAAUACAGGACAAUGGCGCCGCAGAAUGCACAAGCCACGGCACCACACGAUAAACCUUACUUCCCUAUCAGUAUGAGACUGCUGAGGGUCGUGUCUAUCUUGAUUCAGAAGUACCACAGUUUGCUGGUGACGGAAUGUGAAAUAUUUCUGUCGUUGAUCGUCAAAUUUCUCGAUCCGGAUAAGCCAUCUUGGCAGAGAUCGCUGGCCCUCGAAGUACUACACAAGAUGACGAUCCAACCAGAUCUGCUGAUCUCAUUCUGUCGGUGUUACGAUCUCAAAGAUCACGCCACCAAUAUUUUCCAGGACAUAAUCAAUUCUCUUGGAACGUAUGUACAAAGCCUGUUCGUGAACAGUCAGUUGCUGAAUAGCGCCGUUGGUGGAGCUCAGGGUCAACCAGCAGCCAUGAUCGGAGGCCUUCCCGUGGGCCCGGGAAUAUCACCUCAAGCAGGUUUCUUGUUCCGUGGAGUGUUCCUUCCGUUAGUUGUCACCUUCCCUACCGGUCAGUCUAAAUCUACGUUCUUGGAAAUGCUCGACAAAAUGGAACCCCCUCCCAUACCGGAUGGAUACGGUAUAUCAGUGGCCUAUGCUUGCCUUCUAGACAUCGUGCGAUCGAUCUCACUUUCCAUCCAAGGACCUUCCCAAAUAGGCGAAGAAAAUCCCACGCCUUACAAGAAUCGCGUCACGGAGGACGAAAAAGCUCUGCACAUCCAACUGAUCUACUCCAGUUGGCUGGGUCUCCUGUCGGCGCUGGGACCCUUGAUCGAUGCCGCAACCGAUGAGUCCACCACCGAGAACAUCCUGAAAGCGAUUCAAAACUACGCCGCCCUGUGUGGUCUUCUGGAGUUGCACACACCUCGGGAUGCCUUCAUCACAGCUCUGUGCCGAGCGUCACUUCCGCCGCACUAUGCCUUAUCGGUGCUGAACGUCAACUACCAGGGCAGUCAGUUCAAAUCGCACUCGCGAGGAGGCAGCCAGGAUAUGGGGACGAUGUUCCUCGGCUCGUACGGAGACGCAGAUCAACAGCAACAGCAGCGUCAUCCGGUGGUCGCCGUUGGAACGCCACUUCCAACUUCCUCCCUUCCAGUGGGUGCUCAUCAGGGCCCAGUCCUGUUGACGAUCAAGAACCUUCAGUGCAUGAGAUCCGUGCUUCAUUUGGCGCAUUGCCACGGGGGAAUUCUGGGAAGUUCGUGGCAUAUCGUAUUAACCACGUUGCAACAUUUGGCCUGGAUCCUGGGGUUGAAACCUUCCACCGGAGGAAGUCUACAGGCGGUACAGAAACCUCCAACGGACGCAAACUCUAUAACGCAAGUCAUGACGGACCUCCCGGUCCUGUCCCAGAUGCUGAGUCAGUUGUUUGAGUCCAGUCAAUAUCUGGAUGAUGUGGCGUUGCAUCAUCUGAUCGACGCCCUCUGCAAGUUGUCCCACGAAGCCAUGGAGUUGGCGUACAACAACCGGGAGCCAUCCCUAUUCGCGGUGGCGAAGCUUCUAGAGACCGGGUUGGUGAAUCUGAGUCGGAUUGAGGUUUUGUGGCGCCCACUGACGAAUCACCUGCUGGAAAUUUGCCAACAUCCUCACAUUCGGAUGCGAGAAUGGGGCGUUGAAGCGAUCACCUAUCUUGUCAAGGCAGCCUUACAAUACAAAUACGAGAAGCCGCUGAAGGAGAACCUGAAGCUACAGACACUUCUGCUUGGACCGCUCUCGGAACUGUCCUCGGUUCCCCACGGUGACGUCCGCCAACGACAGCUGGAGUGUGUCCUGCAGGUUCUGAACGGAGCCGGAGAAACCUUGUCCCAUGGAUGGCCCCUGGUGCUGGGAAUUAUCGGAGCGGUCAACGAUCACCAUGGGGAAGCUCUGAUCCGAAUCGCGUUCCAGUGUCUUCAGCUGGUCGUCACGGAUUUCCUCCCGGUUAUGCCCUGGCGUUGUCUGCCGCUUUGUGUGAAUACGGCGGCCAAGUUUGGUUCGCAAACGCAGGAACUGAACAUCUCGCUGACCGCCGUUGGGUUGAUGUGGAACAUCUCGGACUACUUCAACCAAAACCAGGAAAAACUAUCGCAAACGGUGUGCGACGAUACGUCGGUCCUGCCGGACUUCCCCGGCACGCUGAACAUGCCCCACUUCGAUCGGCUGUGGAUGUGCCUGUACGCCCGGCUUGGUGAUCUGUGCGUCGAUCCGCGGCCAGCGGUUCGCAAGUCGGCUGGGCAGACUCUGUUCUCGACGAUUUCCGCCCACGGAAAUCUGCUGAAUCCGCCCACCUGGCAGGCGGUCCUCUGGCAGGUGCUGUUCCCACUGCUGGACAAGGUCCGGGCCCUGUCCAGCUGUGCCAGCAGCGAGAAGGUCGACACCAGUGGGAACAUUCUGAUCCACCAUUCGCGGAACACGGCUCAGAAGCAGUGGGCUGAAACGCAGGUCUUGACGCUGUCCGGAGUUUCCAGGGUGUUCAACGCCAAGCGAGCUCUCCUGCAGAUGCUGGGAGACUUCCCUCGGGCAUGGGCCCUAUUGCUGGAGUUUAUCGAAAAUUCGGCCCUCAGUAAGAGCAACGAAGUCUCGCUGGCAGCCCUUAAAUCAUUCCAGGAGAUACUGUACAACAGACCGACAUCUUGUCCGGCCGACGCCGAUAACAUCGCCAAAGCCCCAACGGAGAAGUCCGCCGCGGAAGACAUCGACAUCUGGAACGUUGCCUGGAGGGUUUGGCUGAACAUCGGAGCGGAAAGCACUAAACCACCAUCUUUGGCCAGCGUGGAUGGUCACGACAAAAACGGCGACGAAAUCUACAUCCCAAGCCAGGCGUUCCUCACCGCGUUGGUGCAGAUCUUCCCGGCUUUGUUCCAGCACAUCCGAACCCGCUUCAGCAAUAAAGACCUUACGCAGCUCUGCACGGUACUGAUGAAUGCAGUGGCCGUUCCGGUGCACAGUGAUUCGACGCCGUACAUCAUGUCAACCAUUUCCGACUCGCAGCUGACUCCGCUGCACGAUGGAGUUCUGGAUUGCAUGGAGCUGCUCCAGAAGGAAGCUAUCGGAGGGAAGGAUGGUGGCGACAACGGCCUCAAACACAUGAUCUCAGCGAUCUUUAAACAGUUGCUGUGUUUCAGCAAGUUUGCCUGCGUUCCGCCAUCGUUUGAUCGAGUCGAGACGAGGCCCGUCAAAUCGACGCGAUCCGGAAGUGGGGGCGCCUCGCACCAGAUGCCCGCCGCCAAUGGCGUCGAAUGGGUCAGCAUGAACUACAUACCGUUUGGGGAGAAAGCUUUAAGCGUGGCGGUCAAACUGUACCAGCAGACGGCCAGCCACGACGCCGUCGUCGAGGGUCAAAUUCUGCACGAGAUCAUCAAAGCGCUGCAUCUGCCUUUAUCCCUCAAGUACAAGUGCAUGUCCGCUAGCACCUGGAAGCUGGCCAUUUCAAGCUUGAUGACCGUGUUGCACACGGGUCUGCCGGUGGCCCGAAAACAUCCGAAGUAUUUUGCAGCCAUGUGGAAGGAUCUGUCCGAUACGUUGGAUCAGUUCUUGUUCCCGAAAAGCGUUUGCGUGGUGGAAGAUCGGGGUCUGGACGAGUUGGUGUUGGAUGAAACGAUCGACUGCCAGGUGAUCGAGCUGAUACGGGACGAGAUCCUACCAUACAGCCACGAAAUUCCUCAGCAGUUCAUUCUGGAUGCGGUGGUGCUUCUGAACAAGGGAUCGAUCCAUUCCGCCACCACCGGAAGUACGCCAUUUGCGGGUUGUGAGACGGAGUUGAAGCUUCGGGAGGAAUUCGCCAAGACCUGUUUCGAAACGUUGUUGCAGUUUUCGUUGCUGGACGAUGGAAUGGUCGGAGUGGUGGCCGCUGCCGCCGAAGAUGGACACAAUAAGAUGAACAACAAUAGUGGAAAGGAUUCGGCUGGUGGAGCGGCGGCAACAGGAGGAAGCAGUGAAGGUGGUAUCGCGGGACGAUUGGCCAUCACGGCGCUGCUGCACCGGUUCGAGGAAGUGCUCCGGAAGUUCAACGAUGACGAGCGGUUGAGCGGGAAAUUCCCGCUGCCGAGAUAUCGACUCUCGGAGAUUUCGUUUGUGUUGAAAGCGGUGGCCACACUUGUGAUAUCGAUGAAGAAAGCACCCCCAGCAAAAGUGGGAACCACCGCCUGGGAGCAACUGAUCGGACUAUACCCCUACCUGGUCGAGUGUACUACCACGUCUUCGGCCGAAGUGUCCCGUUCGCUGCGGGAAGCCUUGCUUCAGUAUUGUGACUUGCUACGGCCUCCGGCGUCAGCCAUUCCAAUAACGACGACAACCGCCAGCCGAAUGGAGAACAACAACGAACUGGCCAAUACCAAUGGGAUCAGUCAUUGUUAGCUGGUUUCGUUCCCAGCCGGAAGUUUCUACUUCCUAAUGCUGUACGAUUCCGGCCUGCUGGUGAAGAUUGUUUUCUGAAUGGGUGAGUUCGUUCCAUUAAUGUUUCUGUAAGAUAUCCUCUAUUGAGUACUCUUUUGUUAAAAUAUUUUUUUUUGUUUUUGAAAAAUUAUGAAAAUUCUUCAGAAUGUUUGUAAAAAUUACAUGGAAAUUAUUUAUACCCAUAACGUUUAAAAAAGAGAGUAGUUUUAUCAUUGAAAUAUCUAGAUUUUAGAUUUCUCUAAUCCCAUCAUAAACCUCUUAAAAUGACCUGUGCAAAACUAUGUUCGUUAGUCAAAGUUAAGUAGUUCGAAUUGUGAUCAAAUCUAUUUUCUCUAAAAUCUAUUAACUGAAGAAAAUGACUACACAAAACACACUGAGCCUAAACGCUUUCUUUUAUAUCUUUUGUUUCUCUACAAAACUCUGACUUUUUCAUGGAACUCCUUCCACCGUCAUAAAUUCCAAAUAAAAUAUCACUUAUUCCAAAUAGCGUUUCUUACUUAGCAUACAAUAUCCAUUUGUCAUUCAACCAAUAGUAGGGUUUUAAUAGCGUUCUUGGUUGCUAACAAUUGCAGAGAAAAUAUCCCAAAAAUCUAGAAGUAAUGGUGCCAAUUUUGAAACGUUUAGAAAUUCUUCUACAAACAUAACCCACAUCAUACUGCUACUCAUAAGUUCCAAUUCCUCUAGCAAUUUUGGAUGUUGCAUUAAAGUUGCACAUUUAGCAAAGCCUCGAUAGCGUUUGAAUCAAAUUGAACCACCAGUUCUAUUUUUCCGUUUUCUCCACACCAAACCGCAAUAAUUAUCACUCGAGCCUGAACAGUUCACACAAAGCUAGUAAUAAAAAAGAUUAAAUUGCAAAAAAAGGUUGUGCUAAAAUAGAAUCGAAAGCCUAGAUACGAUUGAACAAGCGCACUCAUGAAAUGAAACGAGCACGCCUGAGACAAUUGCAUAGUCACAUCUUUUAACUCUUUUAAACAGAAAUUCAAAAAGCUUGCCUAAGGUGUACAACUCCCUGAAAAUUCGGCACAGUUGAUGAAGUUAGUUUGAACAAACACUCAAGCACUCCCAUCCACUAAGCAGAAUAACGUGCAAAGCAAAAGAAAACUACAUACGAUAACUUUAGAUUGGAGGAUACUGAUGAAAACAGGAAAAUCGACAGAAGAGCACGACAGUGAAAACAUUCAAUACAAUAAAAAGAAACGAAUUUAUAUUGAUCAUAUAUAAUUCCGAAACUUUAAUAAAAAUGGUUCUUCUGCAUGAUUCUAAA